GGACGAUAGAUUUGGCUCGAUUCUUGCUUUAUUUUUAUUGCAAUGAAAUAAGAAUAUCAUUUAAGGUGUAAGUCUAAAGUAUCGUUAAUAUAAACCUUUAAAAUGUAAAUGUUCUUUGUAGUUAAGUGUACAGAUCAAGUAAUCUUCAAAGAGUGUACAGUACAAUAAAUAGUUCAUGAUGAGUAUCAGGCGGCUGUCAACUGUGUUCUGGGCGACAUGCAUCAUGGCGUUCAUCUUCAUCCUAUACGUGGUGACGGACCUGAGCUUCAAGCUGCCGAGCAUCAAGCCGGCUAUGCAGGAACUUGAUGAUAGCAAAUGGUCCAUGUUUGAAUCUAAACUCCGCCACAUAGAGGACGAAUUAAACCAGCACCAUGCAGUAGUCGGUGAAAUCAAAUCAGCGAUUGAUCAAAUCGGGGAACAUCCGGAGCUCUCCCAGCGUGUUGAUCCGCAGGAGAAUGUUCUGCAAAUACCGAAGCAUAGCGGAGAAGUGCAAGUGCCGAAACAUUCUGGAAAGGAUAGAGAGAUGAAGGAGUUUAAGGCGGUGGUCGCUGAGCCGCCUAAGAUGAGGCCGAAGUUGAAUGAGUCUGGCUGUCCCUUACAGAAGCAUGCCACGCCAAAAACGGAUGUACAGAUGUUAUCAAUGUACGAUAGAAUAAUAUUCGACAACGAGGACGGUGGUGUGUGGAAGCAGGGCUGGAAGAUCGAAUACGACGACAAGCAAUGGAGCCAGAAAAAUAAGCUAAAAGUGUUCAUCGUGCCGCACUCACAUAAUGAUCCAGGAUGGUUGAAAACCUUCGAGAACUAUUACAAGACGCAGACGCGCGCGAUAUUCACCAACAUGGUGGAAAAGAUGGCGGCCGGCGUCGGCCGCAAGUUCAUCUGGGCGGAGACCAGUUUCCUUGCGCUGUGGUGGGACAACGACGCCUCGGAUAAGGAAAAGGAUAUAUUUAAGGGCCUCCUAAAAUCCGGCCAAAUCGAGAUCGUGACCGGCGGCUGGGUGAUGAACGACGAAGCCAACUCCCAUUGGUUGUCCAUCAUCCAACAGCUCACCACGGGCCACCAAUGGUUGCUCGACAACCUUCACUACACGCCCAGAAACGCGUGGUCCAUAGAUCCGUUCGGAUAUUCCAGCUCACAACCUUAUCUGCUCAAGUUGGCUGGGUUCGAGAACUCAAUUAUUCAGAGAGUGCAUUAUAGAGUGAAAAAAGAGUUGGCGUUGAAUAGGCAACUGGAGUUUAAGUGGAGACAGUUGUGGGAUGGUGUCGGUAAGACUGAUAUGUUUACUCACAUGAUGCCAUUCUACUCCUACGACGUUCCUCAUUCGUGCGGACCUGAUCCCAAGAUAUGCUGCCAGUUUGAUUUCAAACGUCUACCAGGAAAUGGCGUGACUUGCCCGUGGGGCACGGCGCCCAGAAAAAUCAUACAAAAGAACGUCCAUGAGAGGUCGCAACUGAUCCUCGACCAGUGGCGGAAGAAGGCCCAGCUCUACCGCAGCAACGUAGUGUUGUUCCCACUGGGCGACGAUUUCCGCUACGACCGCUCCAACGAGUGGGACAACCAGUAUCAGAACUACGAGAUGAUCAUAGACUAUAUUAAUAAUAACGAGGCUUGGAACGCAGAGAUACAAUUCGGAACUCUCCAAGACUAUUUCAAGGCUUUGCACGAAGAGAUGAAGUUGUCCGACUUCCCCGUACUUUCUGGGGAUUUCUUCACGUACGCGGAUAGGAAUGAGCACUACUGGAGCGGGUACUACACGUCGAGGCCCUUCUAUAAGAACAUGGACCGCGUCCUGUUAGCUUACGUCAGGGCAGCUGAUAUAAUAACAGCUCAAGCGACAUCAUCCAACUCAGUCACCUAUAUCAUGUCGAUAACUUUGAGAGACAAGGUGGAGGCUGCGCGGCGCGCGCUGUCGCUGUUCCAGCACCACGACGGAGUCACUGGUACCUCGAGGGACGAGGUGCGCGCUGAUUAUGCUGCCAAAAUGCUCACAGCCAUCAAAUACAGCCAAUCCGCCAUCCAACAAGCCGCGUACUUCCUCCUCAAACAGCCAGACAUCCUCGACCAAACUCAAGAAGACGUGUUCUUCGACGUGGAUGACAUCUGGCGGCAGAAGGACGAGAUUCCAUCGAGGAUCACUAUGACCUUGGACCCGCUGUCGUCUUCGAGGCGGGUGCUGCUGUAUAACUCGCUGGCGUUUAGACGGCAGCAGAUAUUGACUCUGUUCGUGUCUACGCCGCAUGUUGAGGUAUUCGAUCCAGAAGGGAAACCAAUAAUGGCCCAAGUGUCACCAGUAGUGUCGGGUGAGAAGCGGUUGGCGUUUGCCGCGAACAAGUUCCAACUGUCCUUCCCUGUUACUGUGGAACCUUUAGCCAUCACUACCUACACCGUGUCGCUGCGGGACACCACUAGCAUUAACAAAUACACAGCCUUCUCCCGCGUGCGCGUAUACAACGCGGAUUACUGGAACAUCGACCUGCCAAAGAUGUUCGCCAUCGACCAACCCACCGCGCGUCUCAGCGAGGACGUCGCGUUCCAAGCAGGCAACGGGACUAGAGUGGUUUCCAACAUGAACGGACUGAUUAAGGCUCUAGUCACGCCUAAUGGGGAAACUAUGCCUGUCCAUAUGGACUUUGUACAGUACGACUCCAUGCAAGCACCAGACAACAACAGCGGAGCAUAUCUCUUCAUUCCAUCCAAGCCAGGGACUGUGUUCCGAACGGACGCCUUCCCCGAACUGGUCAUCACAGAAGGACCUUUCAAAGCCACGCUGUACACCGGCCUGAAUGGACCCAACUCUGCUGAGAUCGUGCUGGCAAUAUCUGUGUUCGACAACCCAUCGCUACCGCAGACCGAAGUGGAGAUCUCCAACACGUUCCUGAUCGACCCGCUGGUCAACGACCUCGAGCUGGCCAUGCGAUUCUCGACCUCCAUCAAGAAUAAAGACACGUUCUAUACGGACCUUAAUGGCAUGCAGAUGAUAAAACGUCGCUAUUUCGAGAAGCUGCCCCUCCAAGCGAACUUCUACCCGCUACCGGCCGCCACAUACAUCGAGGACCAUGACGCGCGCCUGACGUUGCUCACGUCAACGCCGCUCGGCAUGGCGGCGUUGCAACCAGGACAGCUAGAGGUUAUGCAAGACCGACGUCUGAGCAAAGACGACAACCGGGGAAUGAACCAGGGUGUACUCGACAACGUGCGGACAAGACACACCUUCCGCCUCAUAUAUGAGAAGGCCAACAAUCCUUGCCAGCAAAAGCAUUCCCCGGACCACCCGAGCGGUCAGCUGACCCUCGGCGCCCACGUGUCAGCGCAGACUCUCCUGCACCCGCUCGUGGCCAUGCAGUACUCCGCGCGGACCGGAGCAGCCCUGCCCGCCUACAGACGAGCGAGGACCAGCGCCGCCGACAUUGUGUUAGCGGAAUUCAGUGCGCAUGUCUCCGCCAAGAAGAAAGACGGCAACACAGUCCACGGCAUGGGGAUGACCUUCCAGAGGGUAUACCUGGACAAGUGCUACGGGAACCCGGAGAUCGCUAAGUGGUACCCGACCAGCGAAGGCAUCAUCCAACUAUCAGACAUGGUAGACGCCGCACCGGAGCUAAUCUACGAGAGUUCCCUAACGUUCACCCACGUACGGAACCCCGUGCCCGACGGUGCCCUCACGCUGUGCCCCAUGGAAAUACGGUCCAUCUUCAUCAACAAGACUUUGAAACAUGGCUGAACUGUAACACCCUGAGCAUAGACUAGGAAUCCUCUAGGCGAAGCUUAGAGCAAUUAUUUCAUGAAACUGAUGCUGCCAAAAAUACAUAGGUGUGGAGGAUGUCUUGUCUGUGACCCUGACAGAAAACGCGUAAGGACGGUUGGUUAAGAGGAAUAUUAACCCAUAAUUAAGCAAGGGGAAUAUACUCGUAUUUACCACCUUUUGAACUCUAUAUCUUUUAGAUAAGGUUUAAAAUCUUAAAAAAGCCCUCGACCUCGAGCGCAUAAAUGCGCUAAAAUCUCUAUAGAGUAGAAAAGUGUCGUCGAAAAAUUGCAAGAAAUUUACUGAAGAACUGGAAUCUGUAUACAGGGUGGCUAAAAAAUAACUACAUUCCCGCUGCCAGGGAGGUUUUGGGAUUAUACUGAGCAACUUUUACUAUGGGACCAACCCGAAAGCCAAAAAAUAUUUGGCUGAUCCAUUUUCCACGGGAGGGUAAUUUUUUCCUAUCGCGAUUUCGGGGUUGGUUCCAUAGAAAAAGUUGCUCAGUAUAAUCCCAAAACCUCCCAGGCGACGGGAAUGCAGUUAUUUUUUAGCCAACGUGUAAUUAUCAAUAGAUUAUUGAAACAAAUGUUCACGGUGUUCUACACCGUUUCCAAAAAUUGAAGGAAAUUUAUCAAUUCGUUAACUGCACUUGUUAACUUCAAACAUUUCUACAUUCUGCGACAACACAUCGUUACGUAUUUUGCGUUGGUUACAUGCGACAUCUAACGGCAUGUUGGGACAACUAUAUUACCAAAACUACCACCAUAUUACAGGACUAACAAAGGAUUGCGCGAAGAUAAGGGUGGUAUUCCAUCUAUUCAAUAUCUUGGUCCAAUGUCAUUGUGUCUCACUCUCUCAUUAAGUAAAAUGUGAGACAAACUACACAUUGGACAGGUGGAAAAACCACCCUAAGAAAGAAUUGGAAGCAGCAUUUUAUUUAUGCUCUAUUUAUACUUAUAUUAGUUCUAAGUAGUUUCGAUGAAUUCUCGUUCACUUCUCGCCAGAAUUUAAAGAAGUUUCCAGACGAUCUGCAACAGAAAAUUGUUGUAUAUAGUUACAACAAUUUUCGGUUUCAGAUCGUCGACAAACGCCUUUAAAUUGUGGCGAAACAACAAUGUCUCACUCUCUCAAUUCGGAUGCAAAGCCUACCGUAAUGUAUCAGAGGGUCGAUUAAAAUAGAGGGUCUAGCCUGCCUAUGAAGCCGAUGGUCCUGGGUUCGAAUACCAGCAAGGGAAUUUAUUUGUGUGAUGAGCAUAGAUGUUAGUUUCUAAGGGUAGUAUUCCAUCUGUCCGAUUUCUUUGUCCAAUGUGUAUUGCGUCUCACAGUUUGCUUAAUGAGAGAGUGAGACGUAAUGACAUUGGACAGAUAGAAUACCACCCUUUAUCAUGGGCAUGAUAUUUAAUUACACAAA